ACUGUUUCCUGUACAGUCGAAACUCGGAAGUUGCUGUCGAGAUGAAUGGUUUGAAAGGCCUGCAUUAUGGCGUGUGCACGGCAAUCUGCUGUUGAGUUCCUCAAAAACGCCAGGAGAAACCUGGUGACCCAUAUGAAGGACCUUCCUCUGAUCAUUGAGAAUCUUUAUCAGAAGAAGGUUUUCAAUGAACAUGAGGUCGAUGCUCUCAAAGCUGAGAGGACAGAGUUUGAUAAAGCCAGAUGUAUAUUGGAUUGGGUCAUUAACAAAGGGGAAGAGGCCAGUUAUGAAUUACUCAGGAUUUUGGAUGGCAUUAAGAAGAGGACAUUGCAUCCUGAUUUACACUCCUGGAUCUGCUGUUUUCCCUUCAGAUGGGAAGAGGAAGAGGUCAGCCUUGCAUUUGGUACAAAGCCCUGUCAAAACUACCAGUCAGCACUCAAGAAGAAAGCAAAAAGGAUCCUGAAGGACCAAAGGGAACGUUGCUGUAAAUAUCCGGAUGACAAGGCACAAGGAAACUUCCAUUUUAUACCUGUUGUUUUAGAGAGAGACUCUGUGGUGAAAACUCCUCAAUGUAAAAUAAAAUGGAAAAACAAAAAAUGCAAAAAGAUGAGGCCCAAAAAGCUGAGAGCAUACAUUCCUACUGAGCAACAAACACUUUCACCUGUGGAUCUGCUGAGAUGCCAAGAGAAGAGCAUCCUCCUCAUAGGCAAACCUGGAAUAGGAAAGACUACAGUCGUCCAGGAAGUGUUGCGUCUGUGGGCAGAGAAAGAGGGCCGAGAGCUGGACUACAUGUUCUACUUUGAUGAAAGUGUUUUGUCUGGUUCUAGCAAUGACGAUGUGGAGUCUAUUUUGUUUAAAGUGUAUUUGAAACCAAUGGAUAAAGACAGAAAAGACGUGUUUCAAGAUAUUGAGGAAAACUCUGAGAAUGUUGUCAUUGUAUUUGAUGGCGUUGUCGAUUUAGAAGAAAAUUCCACCUUAAGGAAGAUCAUGGAUCACGAGCUCCUGCCUGAUGCCAAGAUUAUAAUAACUUGCAGAUCAGAGGUGGAAUAUGAUCCACUUUUCUCCAACUGGCCGACACUGAAAGUGUAUGUCCAAGGAUUCAGUGAAGAGUCUAUCAACACUUACUAUCAGAAGAUGUUGGGUCACGAUCCUGUUCUUCUAGAUGUUGUUUUGAAGAAUCAAGAGCUGUUCAGUCUCAGCCAUGUGCCAAUGUAUGCAUUCAUGAUUGUAGACUUGAUUCAAUUUAAAAACGACAAUGUUUUCAAUCAUCCACACACAGUCACAGAAAUGUACAUCCACAUUUUCCGUGUUGCUGUGAAUAAAAAAAUUGAGCAAAUAGAUAAAUACUUGAAAGACAACAAAGAUCAGGUUUAUUUUUUGAUGAGAAAGGCAUUUAAUGCAACUAUGCAGAAAACCCUGAACGUUAUUAGCAGUGAUGAGACCAACAUUUCUCAUGCUUUUCUGAAGAUGAUCACAACAAGAGACUCGCCUACAUCAGCAACGACGUACUGUGCGUUUCUCCACAACACAAUCCAGGAGUUCUUCUCAGCUUUGUGGCUUCUUGGACAUCCAGAUGAAAUUGAGAAAGUCCUACAACUCUGUCAGACUGAGGAGAGUAAACACAUGAAACAUGUUCUUCCCUUCCUAUGUGGACUUCUGGGAGAACACAACAUUAAACUCAUCAAGUGUCUCUUCCCAGAGGAUCAGAUAAAGAAAACAUCUGACUGGUUCAUUGAGAAGUUUUUGGAAACGUUCCUCCAAGCUCAGAGUGAAAGUGAAGAGUUUGAUCUUCUCUAUGUGUGUCAGUGCUUGUAUGAGCUCCAGUCUCCUAAAGCGUGCUUCAUGUUCCUGGAGAAGAUGGACCAUCAGCUCGAGCCUAAAGAGGAUCUCGACCCUCAUCAGUGUUGUGCUUUGGCUUACGUGAUCACUCAGGCCAGAGAUAAAGAGGUUUAUCUGAAUGUGGAGGACUGUAACAUGACUGACGCAGGAAUGAACAUCAUGCUCAGCUGCUCACCCAAGAUCAGAUUAAAGGUUUGGAAAGAACCAAUGAAGCAAAUCUCAUUCUUUCGAGAAUUCUUCCAUAAAGUAUCUCAGUGCAGAUGCUCCUGUUUAGCCAUGCGACACAAUAACAACCCAGAACUGUGUGAUUUCCUGCUGGAUCUUUGCUCACAUGUGAAGAACUAUGAGACUCAAACAGGCAGGAGUUUCCUUCCAGCAUUACAGUCAGUUUUCCAGUCUCCUGAUGUCUGGAUCAUAGAUCUCUCACAGAGAAAGACCUCCGUCCUCCUGGAAGUGCUGAAACUCCAGACAGAGAAGAAACCAGUAGAGCUGAGAGGAUGUUCAGAGGAAGAGAGUGAAAUGAAGAGUUUCCUUCAGUGUCUGUCCUACAUCUCACAGCUGAGGUUUAGGUUCUAUUAUUAUAAUUAUGAAGAAGUGAAGAAGUCUGCAGUGAAACUCCUGCUGAAUCUCAGUGUUGCUGCAGGUGAAAAUGUCACAGUUACAGGAACAAGAUUCUCUACUCUGCUGUCGUCUGUGUGCAGUUACAAAACCUUCCCUUUUGACCAAGAGUGGUAUUAUAAUGAUGAUGAUCCUGUUUAUCAGUGUGAUUUCCUGCUGGAUCUUUGCUCACAUGUGAAGAACUAUGAGACUCAAACAGGCAGGAGUUUCCUUCCAGCAUUACAGUCAGUUUUCCAGUCUCCUGAUGUCUGGAUCAUAGAUCUCUCACAGAGAAAGACCUCCGUCCUCCUGGAAGUGCUGAAACUCCAGACAGAGAAGAAACCAGUAGAUCUGAGUGGAUGUUCAGAGGAAGAGAGUGAAAUGAAGAGUUUCCUUCAGUGUCUGUCCUACAUCUCACAGCUGAGGUUUAGGUUUUAUUAUAAUAAAGAGAUGAAGAAGUCUGCAGUGAAACUCCUGCUGAAUCUCAGUGUUGCUGCAGGUGAAAAUGUCACAGUUACAGGAACAAGAUUCUCUACUCUGCUGUCGUCUGUGUGCAGUUACAAAACCUUCCCUUUUCAUCAAGAGUGGUAUGAUGAUGAUAAUGAUCCUGAUGAUCAGAGUGAUUUCCUGCUGGAUCUUUACUCACAUGUGAAGAACUAUGAGACUCAAACAGGCAGGAGUUUCCUUCCAGCAUUACAGUCAGUUUUCCAGUCUCCUGAUGUCUGGAUCAUAGAUCUCUCACAGAGAAAGACCUCCGUCCUCCUGGAAGUGCUGAAACUCCAGACAGAGAAGAAACCAGUAGAGCUGAGACGAUGUUCAGAGGAAGAGAGUGAAAUGAAGAGUUUCCUUCAGUGUCUGUCCUACAUCUCACAGCUGAGGUUUCACUAUAUGAAUAUCAGUCUUGAAGUGCAGUUUCUUCUGAGACUCUUGACUAAAGCAGCAGAGACUGAGACACAGACAGGAGAGCAGAUGCUGAAACUGUUAUCAUCAGUCUGCACCUACACAUCUUUUCCUUAUCAAUGGAGUGACAGAAUUAAACAGAGUGAUUUCCUGCUGGAUCUUUGCUCACAUGUGAAGAACUAUGAGACUCAAACAGGCAGGAGUUUCCUUCCAGCAUUACAGUCAGUUUUCCAGUCUCCUGAUGUCUGGAUCAUAGAUCUCUCACAGAGAAAGACCUCCGUCCUCCUGGAAGUGCUGAAACUCCAGACAGAGAAGAAACCAGUAGAGCUGAGAGGAUGUUCAGAGGAAGAGAGUGAAAUGAAGAGUUUCCGUCAGUGUCUGUCCUACAUCUCACAGCUGAGAGCAUCUAAAGAGAGUCUCCAGAAGCUGGUUGAAUGUGUCUAUGAAGCUCAGGAAGAGGAACUGACA